CCUGAAAGGCUGGCGUGCGUUUCCUUCCUUCGUGUACUUUUGACAUCUCGCUGGUGUUUACCGUGCUCUUUUCGCGGAUUCGUGACUGUGAAACACGCUCGUGCCACCGUAAAAUAUGUGAUUGGUGAAGUAGAAAACGCGAGAAACGAAAAAUCGCGUCGAUCCAACCGUUAAAGCUAGCUAGGCGCACGACACAAUUCAAUGGUGUUGGUCCCUGCCGAAAAAACGGGAAAGCCAUGUAUACAUCGAUAUCUUGCCAAUUAUAAUGCGCUGUGGAGCAGCAAUACACAUUUACCACCAAAAAUAUUGUGGUGCUGACACGGCAUGUUAAAAUAAGGGAAGGAGAUGAGCCAUAAUAUUGCAGGCAUGCCACCCUUUGCAAGGAUGCCUUUGGGGGGUAUGGGUAUGGGUGUGAAUAUGGGACCUAGUGCCCCACAUCCUGAAUCUUCUGCCCACCCUCAUCCUCCACCACCACCUCCAGCUGGUGCCAAUCCCAAAAAGAAAAGGCGUACAAACGCAAAUGUUGCUCAGCCACCUCCACAACAACCUCCAACUGUUCAGGAUUUAUUACCUCCACCUUUGACUGGUUAUGGAGAUACGAUAGUGGCAAGUAACCCUUUUGAUGAUACACCACCGCAAACUACCCAAACUCCUAUGAUGCAUGGCGGACCUCCCCAUAUGCAUCCGCAUCACCCGCAUCACAUGGGUGGACCACCCAUGAGAGGUAUGAGUCCGUUAACUUCCAUAGGUGGAAUGAGCCCUAUGAUGCCUCAUAACAUGGGCAGCAUGAGUCCAAUGGGGAACUCACCUAUGGCGAAUCACAUGAAUCACAUGGGGGCUAUGUCCCCCAUGAAUCAUGCGCCGAUAGGUGGUAUGAGUCCCAUGAAUAAUAUGGGCCCAAAUAUGCCACCGGGUCCAAUGAACACUAUGAAUAAUCACAUGAAUAUGAGUCACAUGGGUAAUUCUCAACUCAGUGGUCCACCUAUGGGAAGUCCGAUGAAUAACAUGAAUAGCGGACCGAUGGGUAGUCCGAUGAAUAAUAUGGGACACAGUAUGGGUAGCCCUAUGGGUGGCCCAUUAGGUUCUCCCAUGAACACAAUGGGAGGGUCCAAUCACAUGCCUAAUGGACCAAUGAAUAUGAAUAACAUUAACAGUCAUAUACCACCUAACAGCCCAUUAAACGGGCCAUCUAUGAAUAAUGUGAACAGUCCACUGGGACACAACGGAUCUCAACCACAUCCAAAUCACAUGGGGAAUAACCUUAACAAUUUAGGUAGGCCCAUUAAUGGGCCUAUGACCACAAUGAGUUCAAUGGUGUCUAAUAACAUGAACAUGAGCGGUCCAAAUCAGAUAAAUAACAUGAAUAUGGCCGGACCACCGAUGAACAAUAUGUCCAACAUGAGUAUCAGUCAUCACAAUCAAAUGAGUCACAUGGCGGGCCCAAUGGGCACGAUGUCUAGUAAUAUGAGUGGCGGUCCACCGAUGGGUCAUCCAAUUAAUAUGGGAGGUUCCAUGCCACCCCACGGUUUCCAAGGUCCACCAGGAAUGGGACCAAAACCAAUGCCAGUUUCUGCAGGAAAGAUAUACCCUCCAGAUCAGCCGAUGGUGUUUAAUCCACAGAAUCCCAACGCUCCGCCUAUAUAUCCCUGCGGAGUCUGUCACAAAGAAGUACACGAUAACGAUCAAGCGAUACUUUGCGAAUCGGGUUGUAAUUUUUGGUUUCACAGGGGAUGCACGGGUUUAUCGGAAACCGCCUAUCAAUUAUUAACCGCAGAAGUUUACGCAGAAUGGGUGUGUGAUAAGUGCUUGCAAUCGAAAAACAUACCGUUGGUUAAAUUUAAACCAUAACACUUCUUGACACGUCGUAUAUGCGACGCACGAGUGACUCUUUGUUAGCGUUUACACCCCUGUACACGCACAUGUGCGCGUGCGAUUGCACACACGUAUACACAUGCGACAUACACACUAGUGCACGGGCGAAAUCGUGCAUACAAUAUAAACAUGCGCUGUUUGUUAAUAUCUUAGCUUUAACUUGUUGAAAUAUUAGGGUAUCAUUAUGAGUGGUAUCAAUAACUGAGGAUGGCAGGAGCAACAUAAUGUUCGAAAGUUAAAUUAAAAUUCUGAGUCUGUUCAUGACAAGUGGAGUUGUUCCGUUUGGAAAAUUUAUUUAUAACAUUUUAAACUCGAAAAUUUCUGAAACGGUUGAUUUGUUUUCUGUUGCCGUUAGAACAUCAAACAUUAUUAUAACCAAGUCCAAA